AUGGCCCGCUUCUCCUGGGAGUUCUGGGCGCUCUUGGGCUGCGGGCUCUUCCUCGUGACCCGCGGGCAGCAGCUGCAACAGCAGCAGAGCUCGGACGCCAGCCCCUGGAGGCAGAUGAUCCAGUGGGAGAACAAUGGACGGGUGUACAGCCUUCUGAACUCGGGCUCCGAGUAUCUGCCCGCGGGCGCCGCGCUCCCCGACGGCAGCAGCUCCCAGGUGCUCCUGGCCGGGGCCCAGCAGACCACCAGCCGCAGGAGCCCCGGCCGCCCUAUCCGCAGGCAGGCCCCCACGCUGCCCGUGAGGGCCGGCUCGGAUACCAUCCGAGGGCAGGCCAGGCACCCGUUCGGCUUCGGCCAGGUGCCAGAGAACUGGAGGGAAGUGGCCGUCGGAGACGGCACGGGGAUGGCCAGGGCCCGCACCUCGGUCUCCCGGCAACGCCAGGCGAGCUCCGCCUCCUCCUCCGUCUCAUCAGCCUCAGCCUCAGCCUCAGCCUCUGCCUUCGCCCAGACCACCUACCGGCAGCCAUCUUACCCGCAGCAGUACCCCUACCCCCAACCCCCCUUUGUCAGUCAGUACGAGACUUACGAGCAGUCCCCCAGGGCCUACGAUGAGAGCUACGUGUAUUACCGGAGCGCAGGAGGCGGGCCUGGGGCUGGGGCUGCUGCAGUGGCCUCAGCCGGGGUCAUCUAUCCCUUCCAGCCCCGGCUGAGGUAUGAGGAGUACGGGGAGGAGCAGACCCCGUAUCAGCCUCAGGGCUUCUAUCCAGCCCAGGAGAUGCCCCUCAUGCCAGUGCCCCAGCCCCAGCCCCAGCCCCAACCCCAGCCCCAGCCUUCCGACGGGCUGGACCGGAGGUAUUCCCACAGUCUGUACCACGAGGGAACCACGAACUUUGAUCAAGCUUACCAGGACACUUACAACUCGGUCCCAGGCCAGGUGGUGCCAGGCCAAGUGGCUGCCGCUCCCGACACCCCGCAGGUGAACGGGGGCUCCUCCCCAGGCUUGGGCCCAGGCUAUGUGACCGAUCCCCGCCUGGGUUGGCAAUCACCCUAUGCCAAUGUGCCCCCGGAAACUUAUGUCCCGCCUAGAGUCGUAGAGCCUCAGCCACCAUUCCGGGUCCUGGAACCCUACGGCAGUGCCCCGAGGCCGGAACCCUACCUGCCCAUCAGAAGCUCCGAAGCUCCCCCAUUAGGUGGGGACAGACAGGGUGCCCAGCAAGGCCGAGUCAGCGUGGGCAGUGUGUAUAGGCCCAACCAGAAUGGACGAGGUCUCCCCGACUUGGUACCUGAUCCCAACUAUGUACAGGCCUCUACCUAUGUCCAGAGAGCCCACCUUUAUUCCUUGCGAUGUGCAGCAGAGGAAAAGUGUCUUGCCAGCACUGCCUAUAGCCCCGAGGCUACUGACUAUGAUGUGCGUGUCUUGCUGAGGUUUCCCCAACGAGUAAAGAACCAAGGCACAGCAGACUUUCUGCCCAACCGGCCCCGCCACACCUGGGAAUGGCACAGUUGUCACCAGCAUUACCAUAGCAUGGAUGAGUUCAGUCAUUAUGACCUGUUGGAUGCAACCACAGGCAGAAAGGUGGCUGAGGGUCACAAAGCCAGCUUCUGCCUUGAAGACACCACAUGUGAUUUUGGCAAUCUGAAGCGCUAUGCCUGUACUUCUCAUACGCAGGGCCUGAGUCCAGGGUGCUAUGAUACAUACAAUGCUGACAUUGACUGCCAGUGGAUUGACAUCACUGAUGUGCAGCCUGGCAACUACAUCCUCAAGGUGCAGGUGAACCCAAAGUACAUCGUGCUGGAGUCUGAUUUCACAAACAAUGUUGUGAGAUGCAACAUCCAUUACACCGGACGCUAUGUCGCCACCACCAACUGCAAAAUUGCCCAGUAA